AUUCCACUUCCCUCCUUUGCCAUCGACAAACCCGCAAUCCGCCAAAUCGUCUCGGACAAUUCUCGACUCAGGCUGCAUAGCGCGCGAUUUUGACAUUUGACUUGCCGUCUCUCUCAACCGACUUGUCGCUUUGCAAGGCCGCUGCGCGCAUUCGGCGACUACGAGUAAUACAGUGUUCUGAAUAGCUGCCGGACAGCUUCACCCAAAGACCGCCAAAAUGACGCUCAAGGAAGAGUUCCAGACCCGGAACUUCAGUAUUUACGGACAAUGGUUCGGCAUCCUUUCCAUGAUUCUCUGUUUCGCAACAGGGCUGGCCAACAUCUUUACGCUAUUUUCGAAGCAUGCACUCCUAAUCAUAUUCUGCGCCCUUGCGCUGGCCUCGUCUCUCGUCAUCCUGUUCAUCGAAGUGCCUCUUCUGCUUAGAAUCUGCCCGACAUCCUCCAAGUUCGACGAAAUCAUCCGCAAGGUUUCCUCCAACUAUAUUCGAGCAGGUACCUACCUCGGCAUGGCCAUCAUUCAAUUUCUCAGCAUCAUUGUUGUGAGCUCGAGCUUGAUCGCCGCAGCCGUUUUCCUGCUGCUCACUGCCAUCUGCUACGGCCUUGCUGGACUCAAGGGCCAGGCAUUCAUUGGAAGCAAGACCCUUGGUGGCGCAGGUAUCGCACAGAUGAUUGUGUAAAGGGCUUUGUUAAAGGAUCCUGUCAUCUGGUGCCUAUGGUGGAGCAAGAAAGAAAAGGCGGACAAGGAGAGGGGUAGAGACGACGACUUUUGACGAUACGUUUUACUGCAUGAAACGACGUAUGAUUCGAAUGAGCUGGGUGGAGUGAUGAGACUUGGGACUUGGACAAAAAAAUUUUUGCAGGCAAGGCAAAAGAGUUGAAUUUUUUCUAGCCUGUAUUUCUUCUGACUGCUUGCCUGGGGGUGUUUGUGGGCCUUUUUAUCCAAAGGGUAUUCCGGCGUCAGGAAUGAAGCAUGACCUAUACGGGUUGAUUUCAAUAGCUGCUUCGGUGCGUUUCUCAUAGGGCCAUGUUUAGUGGAAUAGAGUUUUCAAUGAGGUAUACUGUUGAUUUUUUUUAUUAAAUUUCUUCUGGCGCAAGGUGUUG